UUCCAACUACUAACACCUUAAUUAGCUACUAUUAUUGGCAAGAUACUUCAAUUUUUCACCUACCUAUAUUUUUGGUUUCAUCACUAUUUAUUGAGACAUAUUUUCAUUUUCCAAAACACACUUCAUUGAGAGAGUUUUUGUAGACUUAUUGAUUAAUUGGACAUAAUGGAGGGACAGAGUCCUAUAAUGUUGAAGGAAAUUGAGGUGACAAAGUCUUCACUAGAAGGAAAAAUUAAUUUGUUUCUAAGAAUUUGUGCUUUGGUUCUAACACUUGUAGCUGCUGCAGUUAUUGCUGCUGAUAAACAGACCACAGUUGUUCCAAUUAAGUUAACAGAUUCUUUGCCACCUUUGAAUGUUCCUGUUACUGCUAAGUGGCAUUACUUGUCUGCUUAUGUGUAUUUUGUGGUGGCAAAUGUUAUAGCAUGUACAUAUGCAACCUUGUCUUUUAUUAUUGCUCUUGCAAAUGGACAUAAAAGCAAAUUAUUGGUGACAUUGGUCACUCUACUUGAUGCAAUAAUGGUAGCUUUGCUCUUUUCUGGCAAUGGUGCUGCAUUGGCUAUUGGUGUUCUUGCCAAGAAAGGAAACUCACACGUGCGAUGGAACAAAGUGUGUCAUGUCUUUGACAAAUUUUGUAACCAAGUUGCUGCUUCAUGUUUGAUUUCACUUCUUGGAUCAUUGGUAUUCAUCUUGCUUGUUGUGCUUCCUGCUUUGAGACUUCAUAGAAGAAGAACCUAAGAUAUGUGGAAGCUUUGGAGACUUUUUUUUUUUGCGUCAACUGAGUAUCAUCUGCGCGCAACUGCAGAGACUAAUCACUUAGUUUUGGAGACUUUAUUUGAUCAAUAGGUUUUAUGUGAUUGAUUUUUUCUUAUGAUAUGCGAGUGGCUAUUUGUUGUCCAUAACUUUUUUAUAUAUCAUAUGUGUGACAUGAUAAUGUAAGGGUGUUUUCAUUGGAACUUUUUUUUUUUGGUUACUUUUUCAUUGGAACAUUUGUGGAAACUUAUAUUUAAUUAGAAAUGUGUGAUGUAUUUGGCUUGCAA